AUGAUGAUGAUGUGGGAGCGUCUCUCCUUGUGCUUGUUGCCAUUACUUGUUGUGCUACCAGUAGUAGAAGUAGUAUCUUUGUCUUUGGCAUCGUUGGAAUCUUUGCGGGGUGCAACUUCUCAUACUAAUAGUAAUAGCCAUAAACAGCAAAGAGCGAUUGAAAGGAGUCUGGAGAUUGCAAAGGCCCAGGGCUACGACACUCUGUUUGGGACGGACGCCAUUUGUUGGUUCACACAACAACAAGAACGACAGAGACUCGUGCCGUGUCCCGUGGGAAAUGCGCUCGUCGGCGAGGCUCCAACACUAUCUGACGACGACCAUGUACUACGCACAGGAGUGGCGUACAACUACACGGCAACGGUGGAACUGAACUUGACCAGCUUGGGGUUUGAUGUAUCAUCAUCAUGGACAUCAGAAACAAUAGUAGAUGUGGAGGUCUCCUUUGUGGCCUGUGGGGUGGGACUCUUGGGGGGAAUGUGCAGUCCACAAGUGGUAGACGACUACAAUGCGGCAAAAAGAAUACAGGAAUCUCAGCAGUCCAUGUCCAUUCCACAUUCUGUGGAACAACAAUUGAUCCAAAGCCCCUGGGUAGAAAGGCAGCUGAAUAUGUCCAACGAUACAGCUGGUGCCAGUAUCCAUCAAUUCCAGGAAACAAUUCCAUUCCGUGUAGAAGUUCCGGGAGACUAUGUUGUCAUUGCCAUGGUACGGAUCAAACAAGAACAAGAUCAACAAGGACGAGUACUGGAAAUGGCCAAUCAUGCCAUGACAGAAGAAACCAAAGUACUACUACGCUUUCAGGAACCCGUCCAAAUCCAGGGAGUGACACCAGAAAUUCGAAUUGGUUCCUACGUGACCAUUGCCAUUGGAGCCAGUGUCUUGCUUUGGCUACUCUUCCAAUCCAUACGAUAUCGACACUCCCAAGUACUGCAAGUUUCGCAGGGCCGAUUCUUGUCCGUCUUUCUCUUGGCGGGUGUCGUGGCCACCACGGCGAGUUUUCUCUUGGAUCCAAAACAGGAUGCCUACUGCCAAUGGGGUGCACCUCUCGUCCUUUGCAGUCUGCAACUAUUCUAUGCCAUUACACUCGGCCGUGUUUGGAGGAUUCAUGCCAUUGUCAGUCCGGCCGUCAUGAAACUCACACAUCAUACUACUACAAAUACGAAUACUACCGACCAACGUCGUCGAACCACCAGUACCAGUGAUACCAUGAUGGAAACGCUCUUGUUUCGACCCAUUCAAAAACUCACCUCCUACGUCGUCACGUGGGAAAACCAGAGUCGACCCACGUCCCUCCGCAAGAGCAUUUCCGAACUGCAACUCGUCUUGGUCGUGACCCUGUUUACCGUCCCCCAAGUUCUGUUGCAAUUGCUCGGUGCCACACUUCAACCACGACAAAUCACAUUGGCGCUCCACAAUGACAAUGACAAUGAUGACACGGCACGACAAUACUGUCGUAGCAGCACGGCCGUGGGCGGCUCCUUCUUUUUCUACGGAUGCCUCGUAUUCGUGGGACUCAUGAUCAGUCUCCUCCUCAUGGCACGAUACACAAGACGAUUGCCCAGUCUCUUUAAUGAAUCACGUGUCAUUUUCGAUUCCGUACUGUCGUCCUUGACAUUGUUGGCCGUGGGAGCGGGAUUUCUCUUGAUUGGAUCGACUGGCACUGGCAGUCAUAAUAAUGAUCCGUCCCUGGAAUAUCUGGUCUGUGUCAUGGUCAUUCUCUGUGCCACAUUGCAGGCAUCCUUGCGCCUCAUGCUGCCCAAACUCAAAAUGGCAUGGCGGGGAGAAACCAUUGUCGUGUCGGAAUUGGCAUCAUCCUCUGAGCUAGCAGAAUUGCUUAAUGUCUCCACAGUGUUGCUCUCGAGAUAGUUGCGAUAGGUCAGCCAAUCCCUCACUAGCUCGCCUGUGUCUGCUUGCCCCGUCAUCAUGUCAUCUGGCAAGUACUGCUGAAAGCCCGGUUCCAGAUACUGAUCCAAUUGACAUUCAGGUAUCAUCUUCACCUUCUUUUGAAACUCCUUGGACAGCAUUGGCUUCAUAAUAGCCCAUACCUUUCCGAACCACGGUGGCGGGUUUACGAUCAGGAAGAGCACUACCUUGACAGGAGUCAAGUACCCCUGGAGCCCUUGCAUGAACUGGAAGCAAUAGUCGGGACUGAAGUGCUUCAUUGUCCACGAAUCCAUGCAUGCCACGAAACCAAUCCCAUUCGUGCAAGCAUCCUCUUUUUCCAGCAUUGUGCUCAUGCAGUAAACCAAGUUGUUGAUGACUGA